UGUGUGUGUGCGCGUGUGUGUGUCGCAAACCUGUGCCAGCAACAGGAAUGUUGACACCGGACCCCCCCGCCUCCCGUCUCACGUGGACGCCGUGCGACACCGCGUCCCCAUUUAAAGGUCGCUGUGGAGCCAGAGGGGCUUCAGAGGGGGAUUAGAGCCGAAGACCUCGCACUCUUCACACCGGCGGCUCACACACUGACCGACUGACGGUUAUCGGAAAGGCUCCGGAUGUUUUCUUUCCGCGAAGAUCCACAACGGACAUAAAGACCUGGACUAGUUUAUUUUGAGAACCACAACAAUAACUUUUUUCGGGAGAUUCAAAACGAUUUUUUAGGAGUAGAAACCCGACUUUUCCCAAAGAAGAAUACCAAUUUCUUCUGGUUUCCUGUCACCAUGAGUAGCGGUGGGACCACCACGGUUUCACCACCGGAGCCUCAGGCUUUCAAACGGGCGGUACGGAAGAUUAAAUGCGCCGUCAUGGUGGCCAACUUGGCCAAGAGCUGGCAGGGUUGGGCCACCGAACACUCCGAGCAGCAGGACGCCAUCCCGAGCGGCUGGAUGCCGACAUCUGUCGAGGAGGACGACGCGAAAGAGCGCAACCGCGAGGUCAAACUCACCGUCACCCCCCGCGUGAUCGCGGCGGACCCCGACGCCACCGACGCCGGGUGCAAGAUCCGGACGGGGUCGGUGAACAAGACCGUGCAGCCAAAACGCAGCGAGUGCAGCGGCGGCGAUGUGGUCAACGCCAUCCGAGGCAAGAUGGAGUCGGGUCCCGCGGAGAGCAAGCCUUUCUUGGGCAACGAGUCGCCGACGCGGCGGCGCCAGAUGAGGGCGCUGCAGGAGAAGAAGCUGGGGUCGAGGAGCAGCAGCGUGGACACGGAGGACAGCGGGCUGGGAGAGGAGGCGGGGCUCAGCGACAACAGCGAAUCAAAAACUGAGCUGGGCGACAUCAAGACGCCCAAACACACCAACAGGCCCAAGAUUAAGAUCGCCACGGGGAACGACGUCAAGCGGCGCUGGCAGCAGUGGUCCAUGCAGCACAUGGCGGGCCAGAAGCUCAACCCCUUCAGCGAGGAGUUCGACCACGAGUACGCCAUGGCCCAGCGCCUCCGCAAGGGCGACGACGGCUACGGUCGGCCCAAGGACGGCUCCAAGACGGCGGAGAGGGGCGACCGGGCCCAGAAACACGUCCACAGGGAGAUGGAGGAGAUGGUGUGGAUCAUCAGAGACAUGGGCAUCAAGGACAAGGAGGGGAGGACCGUCAUCUCCUUCGGCCGCCUCUUCGACCGCUACGUGAAGAUCUCGGAUAAGGUGGUGGGCAUCGCGCUGCGCUGCCGCAAGCACAAGAUGCUGGACUUUGAGGGGGAGAUGCUGUGGAAAGGACAGGACGAUGACGUCAUCAUUACAUUGACGGACUGAGGACGGGGCCAGAUAACGCUAUUCGGGCGAACCACAAUGCUAUACGUAUAUAUAGUGUGCACAAGAAAGAUUGAGGAAUAUUUGGAAGAAACGGAAAUAUAAUAAGGUGUGAUUUUAAUAUUAGCAACGACAAUACACACGUGCACAUUGGAACGAAAUGAUAGUUUUAGUAAAUGGUAAAAUAAAAGACAAAAUCUCAAUGAAAUCAGUUUUUGGUGGGUCUGCCUUGAUCAGGAAACAUGUGAUUCAUCAAGCCGUUCAGAUUUGGUUUCACUUCCUGAUGACAGCUCACGAGAAUAAACCGCUAACAGCUUGAGAACUACCUUUUCAAAGGUGCACAGACGGCAACGUCCGGUUGUGAAAA